AUGGCGCCAUCAUUGAGGGAUCUCAUGAAGAGCGAGAAGGAAUCGCGAAAACGGAACCUAGAGCUCAACAAGCAAAGAGAAGCAGCACCAAAAGUUCAAAAGACGCUAAAGGAGGAUGGAAUCGCUCAUUCUCCACCUUCCAGGGAUGAAACUCCGGUCACUGUCAUUCCCUCAAAUAGCCAAUCGCAACCGGAAGCUCAGUUUAGACCAGUAGCUGAUCAAAAGAGCAGCUACUCUGAAAAAGAACCUGUGAACAAGUCUAUUGACCGUGCGGAUCCAAACGACGACCUCCCGAAAGGCGUCAAGGUGAUCGACGAAGUCUACGAGUUGCUGGAAGAUGAAGAUGUCUCAGUAAAACCUCCGGAACGACGGGAAAAUAGUCACUCAAAUGACAAGGAGGAGGACUUGGAAGAUCCAAAAGACUACAAACUGGUCUAUGAACAGCUAAAUACGGCCUUUUGCAGUAACAUUGACUUUGAGAGGGAUGCCAUACUGCAAGACUUUGGAGUCGAUGCAGCUCAAGACGCAGACGACUAUAUUGACAGCGAUGAGGAGGACUUUGAAAGGACAAAUCUGCUCAGCAAAAGCACAAUCACAUCCGCAAAUUUCGGAACGUCAAACAUUGCAGUAAGCACAAGUGAAAACCUACCUGUAGGAUUCUUUGAUGAUCAAAAUGUAGACGCAAAGGCGAGAGGAAAACUAACCACCAAAGAAGCAAGUGAAAAGAUUAGGCAAUUAUCCAGGAAAAAGGCCCUCUACCUCAAGGAGGCAAAGUAUAUUCAAGAAAAACACAUGGAAAGUCAUAGGGAACAAAUUAGACUAGAAAAUGAUAUCUUGGACCAUCAAGAAGCCUUUAAAAAUUUACAAGGCAGAGUAAAUGAUAUUAAGGCAAACAUAGCCACGUCCGCGCCAGAAAAUGAUGAGGACAAGGACCAAGAGAUGGAAGAUUUUCUAGACUUUGAUGAAAUACACUGGCGCUCUAGGGCUAUUCGAUAA